AUGACAAUCUCUAAUGAAUCCUUUACAACAAUUAAAUCUUCAGAAAUUAUAAAUUCCUCAGUUUAUGAAAACCUUGAAAACAUUUUAACCAAUAAAGAUGGUAAAACACCUUUAUAUAAAAGAUUUAGAGCAAUCUUUACUUUAAGAAACAUCGCAGAUGAAAAAAGUAUCGAUAUACUUUCAAAGGCUUUUUUCGGUGAUGAUUCAACUUUGUUGAAGCAUGAGCUUGCUUAUGUUUUGGGACAAAUUAAAAAUCCCUAUGCUAUUCCAAUUCUUUGUAAAGUUUUGACUAAUAAAAAUGAAGAUCCAAUGGUUAGACAUGAGGCUGCAGAGGCUCUUGGUGCAAUUGGGGAUUUGUCAUCCAUGGAGGUUUUGCAAAAAUAUUUAAAUGAUGAACAAGUUGUUGUUCGUGAAACUUGUGAGUUGGCUAUUGAAAAGAUCAAAUUCGAGAAUAGUAAUGAUAACGAUAUUUCAAAUAGUAUAUAUAAAUCAAUUGAUCCUGCUCCACCAAACACAAAAAUUAAAUCAGCCACAGAACUUGGUAAGAUCCUAAUGGAUACAAAUUUGCCACUAUUUGAAAGAUAUAAGGCCAUGUUUACAUUAAGAGAUCUAGGCACCACCGAAUCAGUUCUAGAACUUGCCAAGGGAUUAGAAGAUCAAUCAUCAGCAUUGUUUAGACAUGAAAUAGCUUUUGUAUUUGGGCAAAUGCAAAAUCCAGCAAGUGUAACUGCGUUAAAAAAAGCGUUGGAAAAUGUAAAUGAACUAGAUAUGGUUAGACAUGAGGCAGCAGAAGCCUUGGGAUCGAUCGCUACACCAGAGUGCCUACCAAUAUUAAAAAAAUUUAAAGAGGAUCAAGAAAGGGUUGUCAAAGAAAGUUGUGAAGUGGCAUUGGAUAUGUAUGAAUAUGAGAUUUCUCAAGAAUUACAAGAAGAAGAUCUAUAA